CACACUCUUCCAGUAGUGUCGGAAUCAGUGCCUAGGCCUCACCAAGCGCCCCUCGCUCGAGUCUGCAUGCCGCAUCAGGCUUGUCAACGUUUCAAACCGGACACUCACCGUGCCAUUGGUAGUUAGAUAGCGGCAUCGAGAUAGCGCAGCAGCCGCCAGGAUCUGUAGCGCUUCUUUAGACCCGGCCAACACUCACUUACUCUUGAAACUACUGUUAGAAACGGGAAAGGUACGUGUAAAUGCGACUGCCAUCUUGGAAAUUUUAAAAUAAGGCGGACGUUGGGGCUGUGAUUGGUUUGAAUUUGAUCGGAUUUCUUUUCGGCUUCGAUGCGGUAAAGGCGCUAUCGGCAGAAACCGAACGUUGUUUUCACUACGAAAAUGUGCCGUCUUGAAACGGCCCAGUGGAUUUUGGAUUGCGCGCUCUGGCUCCCCUCUGCCGUACCCCUCUCGUUCGCCCCGUUGACCGGAGUGUUUCGUGUGGCUUCGUCGAGGGCUGGGCUACUCCCCUCUCUUCCAUCUGCUGACCGUAGGGUGUUUUCCCCUUCCCCCUCGCUGGCGUCUUCUCUGCGUACAUACAAAAGUCCCUCAAAGCUUAUUUCGAGACUGAAAAAAGGUGGUAUCAUGGGUUUCGAUCCGCGAAGAUCUUAGAUGGUAGUCUUUGGUUCUAUAUGCAAUUCUGAUGUGUAAUAAGAGAGUAAGAAAGGAAACAAUGCCCUUGUUAGGGAUAUAUGUCGGAAGACGGUGCUUAGGAGGUUCUGGGUGCUAGUGGGUGCCAUGUCGUCUGGGAUGGCAUGAAAAAAGACACUGAAACGAAUACUCGCAAUGCUCUCAAUAACAAUAACGUCUUAAGAAUCGAGUUGGUACGUCUCGCGUGUACUGUACUGCGCCA